UGUUUUUAAGAACCAAAGUGCACUCCGAACUUCACCCAGAAGAGGGAAAGCUGAUAAAUAUUAUUUAUCGACGGACGGGUCAAUAGACACGAAGAAAUGAUCGGAAAAGAAGGAAGUCAGGCGCUGCUGGCGCUGCUCAAUUCCGGCGACUUUCGUACUUUCGAUGAAAUCUACACCGAUUUCACCACCAAGAUCCCUCACCAUAUGCAUUUCAAAUUCUGUUGCGCCCUAGAAACUCUCAUCCAGGAAAAGAUGAUGCUUAAACCUACUCAACGCUUGGUUGCAUUUUCUAUUCUCCAUCUGAAUUAUUCUAAGCAGCAUCCUUCUUUCAAUCCAUUCAUACAUUUACUUGUAAAUAUUGCAUGUGAUGAUGAUGCUGAAAAUGUUGAACGUGACUUCAUCCUUCGGUUACUAAAAUUAGCAAGUGCUUCCGGAAGUACAGAGGCUUUGAAGAUCUCUGCAGCAUCAUAUAUCAAGACGUUUGACCCAUCUUUAUUUGUAUUGCCUCAACCAGAGCAGUUGAAGCAACAGUAUUGUACUAAAGUACAGCCAGAGUCUUUUAAUUGUUUUUCCAAGACAACUUCUGUAAAAGCAAAUAUCCCGGAUCCUGACUUGCCUGGUGGUUGUGAUACAAAUUCAACGGAGUUUGACCUGAAGCCUGGAGUCAAACCAAAAAUUGGUUCUGGAGAUCGGGAUGAAACAGUAUCUGGUCUGUUACAAACUUUAUCAUCAGAGGGAGUUGGUCCUAGGUGGAUUAGACCUGUUCCACCCAGACUGCCUGUACUGGAUGAUGAAUUAGUUUGGCUUAAUCCUGAUAACAAUCAUGAACUUUUAUGGGAUUAUGGGAUGUGUGCUGAUACUAGUAGAGGAGCUGCAGUAAGAGACCUUAUUGCAAAAGCUUUAAAGGGGCCUCUAGCACCUGCUCAACAAGAGCAAGUCUUGGUGGAGUUGACAAAUGAUCCUAAGCUUGUUUAUCACUGUGGUCUGACACCUAGGAAGCUUCCGGAACUUGUAGAGCAUAAUCCCCUUAUUGCAGUUGAAGUUCUUAUCAAGCUGAUGAAUUCACCAGAAAUUUCAGAAUAUUUCAACGUUCUUGUCAAUAUGGACAUGAGUCUGCAUUCCAUGGAAGUGGUAAACAGGCUGACUACGGCAGUUGAACUUCCAACUGAAUUUGUACACAUGUACAUCACAAACUGUAUUUCAUCCUGCGAGAAUAUCAAGGAUAAGUACAUGCAGAACAGACUUGUGAGACUUGUGUGUGUCUUUUUACAGAGCCUCAUCCGCAACAAAAUCAUCAAUGUUCAUGAUCUUUUUAUCGAAGUUCAAGCCUUCUGUAUAGAGUUCUCGCGCAUUAGAGAAGCUGCAGGACUGUUUAGGCUUCUGAAAACGUUGGAGUAAUUAUCUGAAAUCUUUAAUUUAAUCUUAUUUCUGCUGCUAGUCUAGCAACUAGUUACUCUUUCACAUUAAUAACCCCCCCUUCAGCAGAUCCUUCUUUACUUGCAUGUAUUCUUCUGUUUGUAUCCCCUUUUGGCCCUCAAUUUGCAGAAUGAAAGGAAAAUUCUCAUGCCAGCUAAAUCCUGUGUAUGUGUGUAUAAAUUGUACUCUUUGCAUUGUAUUGGUUGUUGAAUGAAUUAUUUUCUUCUUUUUAUGUCAA